UAUUUAACAAAAAAUCUUAACAAACCAAGCACUUAUAUCUUAGUAGAACCUUUUGCUUUGAAGAGAUAUCAUCAAUUAUUCUACACUAACAAACAUGAAAUUUUAUCUUGUAAUUGUUAUUUUAGCAGUUAGAAUAUUUGAAGGAUGUGAUUGCAAGAUGGUGCAGUUCAUUUUUGGUGAUUCUUUAUCUGAUGUUGGAAACAAUAAGUACUUAUCUAAAAGUCUUGCUCAAGCAAGUUUGCCUUGGUAUGGUAUUGAUAUAGGAAAUGGUCUUCCUAAUGGGAGGUUCUCUAAUGGUCGUACAGUUGCUGAUAUUAUAGGUGACAAUAUGGGGCUUCCUAGGCCUCCAGCAUUUUUGGACCCAUCUCUAAGUGAAGAUGUUAUAUUGGAAAAUGGAGUGAACUAUGCUUCAGGAGGUGGUGGCAUAUUGAAUGAAACCGGCAGUUAUUUUAUUCAAAGAUUUUCUCUCUACAAACAAAUUGAGCUGUUUGAGGGGACACAAGAACUAAUUAGAAGCAAAAUUGGAAAAUUUGAAGCAGAGAAGUUUUUUCAGGAAGCACGUUAUGUUGUUGCUUUAGGUAGCAAUGACUUCAUCAACAAUUACUUGAUGCCUCUUUAUAGUGAUUCAUGGACAUACAAUGAUGAAACCUUCAUCGAUUACUUAGUAGGAACACUUCAAGAACAACUAAAGGUACUGCAUAGCCUAGGAGCAAGGCAACUGAUGGUGUUUGGGCUUGGCCCAAUGGGCUGUAUUCCCCUUCAAAGAGUGCUUAGUACAUCUGGGAAUUGUCAAGAAAAAACAAACAAGUUAGCUCUUAGCUUUAACAAAGCUUCAAGUAAGGUAGUAAAUGAUUUGGGGAAGCAACUUCCCAAUGCAAGCUACAGAUUUGGUGAUGCUUAUGAUGUGGUUAAUGAUGUCAUUAGCAACCCCAGCAAGUAUGGGUUCCAAAACGCAGACUCACCAUGUUGUUCAUUUGGGAGGAUUAGACCAGCUCUUACAUGUAUACCAGCAUCAACAUUGUGUAAAGAUAGAAGCAAGUACGUAUUUUGGGAUGAGUAUCAUCCAUCAGACAAAGCUAAUGAACUAAUUGCCACUGAACUGAUCAAGAAGUUUGGGUUUAAACGUGUUGAUCAAGCAGAAACUCCUUCACCAUCACCAGAGGUUGCUCCAUCUCCUUCAGAUGAUUAAUUUUACCAAUUUGUCUUUGCAUAAUGCUGCGAUUGUUCUUGCCAUUAAAUUUCUAUUGUAAUGGAAACAAGAAUCACUCUUUGCCUUUGUAAUCUGGUUUCGAGUCCGCACGCGGGAUUGCUAGGUUGGGCCUGUGACUAGUGAUUUUGUGUUAGAAUAGAUUAGGGUUGGUUCACUUGGUCUGUUUUAUCACGAUAUAUUCCUAUUUAGGUUGUUUCUAGGUCAAAAAAAAAAGUAUAGCUCUUUGCCUCUUUGUUGUCUUGAUCAGUUGUAGUUUAUUUCUUGUUAUGGUCUUAGGGUUUUAAUGAUAAUGAGUCAUACUUAAUUUCUUGUUUUUUGUUCAA